UGACAGGUUUACCGAGAAGUUGUCUUAUUACCCAUGCUAGCCUUCCUGAUUCAUACCUAGCUAGAUGUUUGUACAGUAAGUUAAUUUGGUGUGCUUUUUAUCGAAAUAUUGCAUCACAGACUGCACACUGUUUUUAUCCAUCAAACUUGGAAACAUCCUGAGAAGGUUACAGCAGCCUUUGCCUCGAAACAUCCCGGAAAUGGCACUUCUUCCUCUGUAGGAAGUGAAGACAUCGAUGAAGCAGUUCGGCAAGUCUUGCUCAACUUCUAUUUAGCUCAUUAAUCGUGGAUAUCCUGAGUUGGAUGGUAAAAUGGCUCUCACUGAGCAUAUUAAGAUGAUCUGCAAAAUUAUCAAAGAUAUUGUUCCUGCUUUCACCAGCGGGAUUGUCACACUGAGCGUCAUAUCGUGUGUUUUAUUUGCAAUCCAAACAUAUUUGAGCUUAAAACAAGGCAUCUUCAGCAUCGGCGCAAGUGUUUUUCAAAACGGACACCUAUACUGCAUCCUGAUGUUUCCCUUUUACCACCAAACCUUUGCUCAGCUCCUUCUGAACAUCACAACUUUGGUGUUUCUCAGCGGGAGCUUGGAGAAAGGUGUGGGGACAGUCCGUUUCCUCUUUCUGUUCCUCCUGCUGUCCUCGAUCAUAGGCUUGUUUUACAGCUUCAUGGAUCUUCUGCAGGAGGACGGCUUCCAGGGUCACACCGAGGGUUUGGUUCCCGUCACUCUGGCCUCUGUGGCUAUAACUACCAUGCACACAAAGAUGACUAAAGCCUUUCUUUGUGGAGUGAGUUUUCCCACUAUGGCCCUUCCCUGGGUGUUCCUUGUUAUCACCACUGCUCUGGUCCCUCACUGUGUGCUGCCCUGUAAUGUGAUUGCCAUCCUGGUUGGGGUGAUGUACGGUAAAGGAUGGGUCUCUUUUCUGGACAUGUCUGAGGCCAAGGCUGGAGUUCUGGAGAAGUUGUUGCCUUUCAGGCUGUUCAGGAGCAUCAGCGGUGAUAUGUUCAUCCCAGCUUCCUCCGAGGACAGGAAGAAGACCCUGCUUCCACAGAUCAAUCCCACUCCUGGAUCUUACCCAGUGCAGGCUUAUGCUCCAUUACCCACUGCCAACACUGCUGCCAUGACUUAUGAAGGCUGGCCACACCAGGCGAGUCCCACACCACCUCUCAGUCUUCAUGGACAUGUUGCAGGACACAGCUCUGGACACUUUUCACCACAGAGUUUCGGCCACAGCUGCAACCACAGUCAUAGCCAUGGCCACGGUCACAGUCAUAGCCAUGGCCAUAAGAGCGGAGGAUCACUGUUACAACAGUAGAUGUUUUCAGAUGAGUUUGCCUUGACAAGGAUCCACUUAUGAAGGCUUAUCCUAUAAAAGCUACUCAGUUUUUAUCAUCUAUAAGCUCCUGCAGCAUCUCAGCACUGAUUGUCUCUCUGCCUGCUUGUAUAAUUAAGUGUAGUUUUUUUUGAAAGUUUAAAUAUUUCUGGUGACUUUUGUAAUUUUUAAAAAUUCUAAUUUUCUAUAUUUUUAUUCCUACUAAUUAAACAUUAAAUAAAAACCUUCUCUCUUUCUUAAACACGGGAAACCAAAAUCGAUGCACAGAAGUAACAAUACAGACCAUGCAGUUACUAGAGACCCUAAUAGGGCUCUAUUAACUGCUGUAGGCAUAAACUGUAAUAACCAGUGUGCAGUGUUUUUGGAGCAGUCAUGUUUUCCCAGUAUUUCUUAAAAUAUCCCAAUCUUUUUAUGGUAGUAUUAAAAGUCAUGCUUCAUAUACAGUGCUUAAUCAUUUUUUUAGACCACCUGUCAUAAAGACAAUGGAUCAAACUUUAAGAAAAUCUGUCAAAAACUUGUUUAAAACUAAAAAUUUUGUUAUUACACAAAUAAACUGAAUUGACAUUUUAAUACCCAAAUUUGACCCACCAAACUGAACGUCUUUGAGAAGUCAGAUAUUAACAAAGUGUAAAAUUCAACUAUUUAUGCUCAUGGUAAGAAAUGCAUGUAAAUAAUUGCAAUUUGGCAUCAAGAAAGCAAUAAUGUGCUUUACCAGUGUUUCUAAAAUAUCCAUGAAUUUUCAAAUGUACUAACUAUAUUUUAGCAUUAAAUACAUUUUGAUUAAAGGUGUUUGCACAUACUGGUGGAUUAACCAUUGCACAAACACCAAAUAUGAUUUUGGUGCCAGUGCUGUUAAUUUAUGGGAGCUGCUGCAUAAUCCUGACGCUAGUUGGUGGUGUAGUAAAAUUGCUAAGCACUGUAUCUUUCUAUUUUUCUUUUUUUUGUCUUAUUAUCUGAAUUUGGUGUCAGCAGGAUGUACUCCACUUCCUGUGUUGCAUCUAGACAAACAGUCCAAACAAAUUUCACUGAUUAGGUUUAGAGAGUGGUUUCCUUUGUGGUUUUGGUCCAUUUCUCUGCAACUUAAAUUGCCAUGUUUACGCCUAAAUUAAAGGCCUCUGUGAUGAGUAAAACAGAAGUUUC